AUGGAUGUUACCAACUACAAGCUUUGGUGCAAAACGUCACUAUACUACAAACACAGAACAACGCUACAAGGUGGUGAGAUGAGAUCAGUUCUUCCCCUGGGAAUUAGGAUAUCGUCUGUGCCCUAUAGCAGAUCAGCAAACGGAUUGGACCAAACUUUGGAAUUUAAAGAAGAAUGUCAAGUUCGACUAAAUUUUAAAAACUAUAUUAAAGAACUACAUAGUGCAUUGAUAAAAGAGUGCAGUUACAAUUUAUUAAAUUUAAAUACAUUAGAUUUAACAUUAGAUUUUGAAUCCUUGACGAGUGUCAAUAAUCAGACAUUGAAAGCUAUAAAGGAUCAAAAAAUAUUUUCGGUAUUAGGAUAUUUCCCAACGAUUUCUCUAGAGCUGAAAAAUCGUGGUUGGGUGGAAAAACGAGAUCCUACCAGACCACCAAUAAAUUAUUUGAAUUAUUUAAAAUCAGCACCAUACAUGGUUAAUUGGCUUGAAUCACCCCCGCUGAAAUCGUCAAUCAAUAAAAAUGAUGACGCCUUGGAGCGUCUCAAAAACAUGCAAUCGUGGACUAUUCUAAAAAAUAAAAAAUCUGAUUUUAUUUUCGUUACUAAAAAACAGUUGAUUAAUUGGGCCACUUUAAGUAAAUUAACAUCCAUCAGUCAGAUGCCAAGACACAUAUUUUGUACCAAAGAUGGUUUAGCGCAAUGUUUGGAAUAUCAUAAAAAUUCUCUGUCAAGUUUGAUGUUUCCAAGAUGUCAUUAUAUUCGAUCGGAAGCAGAUAGUGAAGCAUUUGUGGAAGAUUACAUUACAACAGCAUUAGUAAGCACACUGAAAAUAAUAGUACAAGCUAUUGAGAAUAAUAAGAUGAUUUUUACAGAAAACGGCAAUAUACCAUAUAAAAUAAUUGAUUUUGUGAAAUUAAGUUUAUUUAAAUUUUUGAAUAUGCAAAAAACUGGUAAUACAGAAACAGGCAUAUGGAAGUUGAAGAAUCAAAAAAAAGUAUGGAACGAAUUUAUGUUUUAUUACUCAAAACUGAUCAUCGAUAGUGACGCCAAAUUUGAUCACGAGUAUAUAUAUGAAUUAGAAUUAGAUGUUUAUGCCAAGUGUAAAUAUUUACUUGGAGAAUUGAAAACAUAUUGUCCUCAAUAUUAUAUAGAUGGGAUUACCAAUACAUGGAUAAUAAAACCCACGUUAAACUGUUCUGGUCACGGAAUUAUGUUGUCCAGAGACUUGCACACUAUAAAACAAAAAAUCACUGUAGCGAAUGUCUUUAGAAAAAGUUAUGUUUUACAGAAAUAUAUAGAAAGACCCCUCUUGGUGUAUACGUGUAAGAUUGAUUUGAGACAAUGGUUUUUAGUGACCAAUAUGAGACCAGUAGUUGUGUGGAUGUACAAAGAGGGUUACGUUCGAUUUUGUGCCAACACUUUCUCCAUGAAAAAAAUGGACGAAUCAAUUCAUCUCAGCAAUGUCAGAUUACAAACGAAAUAUCGAAAAAUUCGGAAUCCACUAGUACCCGAUGAGUGCAUGUGGAAUUACAGUGAGCUGCAAGACCAUUUGAGAAAAAUUGGACAAGAAUACGUAUGGGAUGAAUUGAUAUUUCCCGGAAUGUGCGAAUGUGUUUAUGCUGUAUUACAGGCCGCUACGGACACUACAGUUUACCGAGACAAAACUUUUCAAUUGUUCGGAGCCGAUUUCUUGAUCACCGAAAACUUUAUUCCGUAUUUGAUCGAGAUUAAUUCCACUCCCGGACUGAAUCCAUCGACGAGCGUUAUUGCCAACUUGGCUCCCAUGCUCCUUAGUGACAUCGUGAAAGUGACGGUGGAUUACGAAAAAAACUCGAAAGCCGAUACGGGACUGUUUGUAAAGGUUGUUCCGGAAAAGUGUAAACCAGCCGCUGCUGCAGUUCCAGUGGAGACCCCCAAUUUCACCGACUCGUCAGUGGUCUAUGCGGUGGGACCAGCGGCACUAACGACCGAUUACAAUGAGCGGAUGGCCAGCAUGCAGAAGAAUUUGGCCGAAAUGCGGCUACAGAUGGUUGCUCGAAAGACUGAACGAGACACACGACGUUAUGUUGGCGUAAACCGUGACCUUUUAUUGGGAACCGCAGAAAUUUAA